UCGAGUUAAUCCAAACUUUUACUAUUUUUCGUGGAUCUUUUAACUUCCCUUAUUCGAGCCUUUCGAUUGUAAAGUUUUCGAGACAUUGUUGAGCAAGCUUUAUGUUUUCAGUUCCAAGUUCUAAUCAGUCCCAGACCCAGGCGUGUUCCUUAUUGUGUCUGCGAUACUGUCUACUCUGUACGGUGCGAGAUCUUGUUGAGCGAUGGCUAUAGUGAAGCUAAUGGAUGGACAGGUGGAAGACGAUGUUUGGAAAUUUCCGCGCGAUGAUCCCGAUCACAAUAAACUGCGCGAUCCUAAUGAUCCUCUGGACAUUGAUCCUGUUAUCGCGCUGAUUGAUAUGGAUUGCUUCUACGUGCAGGUGGAACUGCGCCUGCAACCCCAAUAUCGGGGCAGACCCGCUGGAGUUACACAGUAUCUUACCCGUUAUAAAGGUGGAGGGCUAAUUGCGGUGAAUUACGAAGCUCGUGCGUUUGGAGUAAAAAGGGGGUGUCGUGCGGCUGAAGCGAAGGAAAAAUGUUCGGAUUUUAAGGCAUUUGUUGUUCCGGAGCUGAAUGGAAAAGCUGAUCUGACCAGAUAUAGGGAAGCCGGUUCGGAAGUGAUUAAGGUGAUGCAGCAGUGCUUUACCACUGUGGAACGCGCCAGUAUCGAUGAGGCGUACGUGGAUCUGACGAGCGAAAUUAAGGCACUGCUUCCGGCUUAUUUAUCCGGGGAGUCGUCCUUAUCGGUUGAGGAGCUGGGUGCCACUUGCCCCGCAGAAUGGAGUUCCUUAGAAACAUGGUUAGACUAUAUUGCGCUCCAUCGAGAAGAAGCCAUCCCUGGUCCGGGUAACAACAUGUAUCGCAAUUAUCUCGCUCUGGGAAUCGGGGCGAAGCUGAUCAAUGAACUGAGGGAGCGAAUACUCAGUGAAACCCAGUUCCAUUGUUCGGCGGGAAUUUCUUACAGUAAAACAUUGGCCAAAUUAUGCUGUGGUCUGAAUAAACCCAAGAAGCAGACCGUGCUUCCCCGCGAUCGUGUUUUCAAGCUGUUUGAAAAGACGGAGAUUCAGGAUGUGCGCUUGUUAGGCGGCAAGCUGGGAGAGCAGGUCGUCCAUUAUUUGCGCAUUAAAUAUAUGUCCGAGUUAUGUAGGACUCCGAGGGGCGUGCUUUUUCGGUUUUUCCCCUAUAAAACCACUAAUUGGUUGUGUGAUGUGGCAUCUGGAUGGGAUAAUGAGCCGGUGCAGGCGCGAGACUUGCCGAAAUCGAUUGGCUGCAGCAAGAAUUUUCUCGGGAGGGCAGCUUUAAAAACGAGAGACGAAAUACGAGAAUGGAUGGGCCAUUUUUGUGAAGAACUUGCUACAAGGCUUAAGAAAGAUCAGGACGAGAACGACCGCACAGCCACUUUAUUGACCGCUCAUAUGACAUUUAUGGAAAAGGACGACCGGAAAAGUUUGUCGCGGUGUUGUCCAUUGACAUCUUACAAAGCUGCAGAUUUAGCUAAAGAUGGAUUUGCUACGGUGGAUAAAUGUAUGUCGAGCCUGGGAUUUUUUCGUGGUCAGUACACCCAUCCCUUGGUCAGCAUGGGCCUCGUUGCGUCCAAAAUGAAGGACGGGAAGGAUUCCGCUAAUCCGAGAAUAGAUUCAUUUUUUUCUGAAGUUAAGAAAAACGAAGAUGGACUAGUGGAGGAUAGAAAUUCAUACCUUGAAUCCACACCCCCUAUGUUCGAUAAAGAAGCUAAAUCUGAGACCGAGAAUCUGGAUACCGGCGUGAGCACUGCGGAAACCGAUAAUCCAGCUAUGGAUGAGCACCAAAUCGACUCGUCGAGUGAUGAUGAAAUCCUGCCGGUUAGCAGUAAUCAGAAUGCAUUUCCAGCGUCCGCUCAUGGUAGUGGUGAUCAAUUGGAAGAUGAUGAAUUAGAGGUUAUCUGUGAACCUGGAACAUCAGAUGGAAGAUCGCGCAAUCGCAAUCGUAAAGCGUCGUCCCCAGUUUCCGCUCCAGACAACAAUGUUGAUACAGAACCGUGGAGAUAUCGUUCCUUUAACUGUGAGAAGUGUGAUAUGUUUAUCUGGUGUCCGCGAAUGGCGAGAGACCACAGCGACUAUCACAUGGCACUGGAGUUAAGUCAGGAAAUCAACAAGAAGGACCCUAACGCCCCCAAAAGAAAGCUUACUUUGGAGGACAUACCAGUAAAAAAGAAAACGUUGUCGAAAAAACCCGCCUUGACUCUGGAUAGUUUUUUCAAAAAAGAGCAAUAGUGGUUUUCAAAAACUUGCGGUGAAAUUAUAGGGUUGGUGCCUUUUGAUCUCGUUGUUUUAGUUAUUAUGCUGGAUUUUGUGUGGAGUGUUCCAGGGAUUUUAGCUUGUAUAAACAUUUAAAUCAUUAGUUGCUCCACAGCAUACAAUAAGUGAAAUAGCAUAGUUUUUGGUGGUUACUUUAAGCAGAGCUUCCGGCAAGGCUUUGUAUGUCUGUAUCAUUUCUCUUUUUUGAUACCGAAACCGCAGACUUCUGUACUGGAAUAAAAAAGGUUCGAAAUA